GAAGAGCCAGCCAAAACGACCUUCAUUAGAACAGUUAAGCAGUCGUUUUGCACCUUCUCCAAUCGGAUUACCAAGUCGUCCCAACCCAGCGCUUACAAAAACAAUGUUGUAGCAACAAGCAACAUUGAAUUCCAGGACAGGACAGGGCAGGACAGGGUUGUGGUUUCCUGUGGUGGUGAUUCAGAAAUUCCGGCGAAGAAGGAACUAUGAGCGGAAGAGUGAAGAAGGAGGUAGAAGAAACUGAUUUCAUUAAACCGCUGCUGUUUAAUAAAGAGCAGCUCAAAUCUGUCAAAGACGGUAAACAGAAGAGUCCGAUGGAGGCUACUGAAAAGCAUCUUAAGAUUAAGAGAAGAUAUUCGGAUCCGAAACUCAAGUUUGUGAUAUCAGGUCAUGCAGGGAAGUGUAUCUGUUGUAGGCAGAAUAAGGCUCCGGUUCAAAGAUCGACCACUGUUGGAGAUGGUAAGUCAUCUGCUAUGAUUCGGGCAGAAGAGGUUCAAUCCAAUCUAGAACCGGCAUUCCCUAGCUUUGUGAAAUCUUUGGUCAGAUCACAUGUUGCUAGUUGUUUUUGGAUGGGGCUUCCUGGAACAUUCUGUAGAGCACACUUGCCAUCUGUGGAUACUACUGUGACUUUGCAAGAUGAAUGUGGGAAGGAAUUCAAGAUGAAAUACAUCGCAUAUAAGACAGGCUUGAGUGCUGGUUGGAGACAAUUCUGUGUUGCUCACCAAUUGUUUGAGGGGGAUGCAUUAGUCUUUCAAUUAACUGGGUCUUGCACUCUUAAGGUGUACAUAAUAAGGGCUAAUGAUUUGACGGAAGUGGAUGGUGCUCUAUGUCUGCUGAAUUUGGAUGCUCAAAUUAAACAAAAUGUUGCAGAUAGUGCCGAAAUGAAGACCGCUGCUUGUAAAAGUUCAAAGAGGAAGCGUCCCAGGUCUCUUCCACAAGCUGUUGUCCAAAAGAAGAAUAAGAAGUCUGGCCAACUGAGACUGUCAGUCCCGCAAGCUGGCCAACCCGCCGAGCAAUCUGAAAAUGAUAGUGAAGAGGUUGGUUCAGAAGUUCUAGAAGGUUUCAAGUUAUCGUUGCCUGCUGUUCAUUUUAAAGACAUCAAAAGCUUUGAGGAUUUCAACAUUCUGGUUGAUGGGUUAGUUUUAGAUUCGGAACUUUCAGAAGACAUUCGGAAUAAGUACUACAAACUCUGCUGCAAUCAGAAUGCAUUUCUUCAUGACAAUCUUAUCAAGGGAGUUAAUUUUAAGCUGAUUGCUGGAAUCAUUUCAGAAACUGUUAAUAUUGCAGAUGCAAUGAGAGCUUGUACUCUUACCACCUCACGAGAUAAAUUUGCUACUUGGGACAAGGCUUUGAAGGCUUCUGAGCUUUUUGGCAUGAAUGUUGGAUUUUUACGUGCCAGGCUAAGCCGGCUUUUGAGCCUUGCCUUCGAUUCAGAAGGUGCCACAAAAACAAGGAGGUAUCUAGAAGCUAGAUUCGAACGAGUGCUAACAGAAGAUGAGAUAAAAAGUCUUGAAGCAAAGCUUGUGGAAUUGAAGGAAGCCUAUGAAAGGUAUGGUGCUAAUGUUGAAAGGCUCAAGUCGAAAGCUGAAGGCUAUGACCUCAAGUUCCAGGAGCAGGUUCUUGCUCCAUGGUGAUGUAUUCGUGGCAUAUUAUUGUCAGUGCGUUUUCUUUUUUCUCCCUGGUGACACCCCGUGCUUUGUUUGGCUGUAAACAACGUUUGUAAACAUGUAUGUUUUUAUGAUUUAUCAUGUAGACAAUGCUGUGACUUUUGAA